ACUGUUGUGUGACUGUGUGUGCCAAGGGGACUGUUGGCCCUGAGCCCGCCACGAUAGAAAAGCUACCAUACCGCCGCCAGCAGAUAAGUCUUCCCUCACUCAUCGUUGCUCCGUCCGUGUCCGGCCGCCACACACGCCUUGCACCUCCUCUCCUUCCUUCAGGAACAAGUGUAGCGUUGUAUGCGUUUUGGUAUAACUCAGCAAUAGUGUUAGUAUGUGAUUCAUAAUUCCGUCACUGAAUUUCAGAGACUGUUGUGUGCGUAUGCCCUGCCUCUGCAAUAAUUGUUUUGCUAGUCGAGUCAGGAUCAAUCGACCGGAUUGUCACGACAGGAUCGACCUCUCGUAUGACAUGACUGUAUUUCCCGGCGGCUUAGUCGCUCACUCUCGAACUGAGGUCGCCAUGUGAUGGUUAUAAAUAUAUCAUGACAUUGUUCUUCCGCCUCUGCAUGACUCAUCCGUUAAGUGACUAAAGUUGCCGCCACUGUUACUGCAGACAAUGUGAACCAAGACUGAAGAUGACAACAGUUUGUGAGGAAUCUUAUAUAGAGAUAUGCAAGUUAUUGGUAUCACACGACGACACAGAGGUGUGUUGCUGUGAAAGACAGUGUUACGCUAUUUACGAGUACGUGCACAUGAACCUCGUGAGAUGGAACGAGCCCACUGGGAUUAAAACUCCACAACAGAAUCAGCGUGCAGGCUUGUGACGGAGGAGAAAAGUGUGUGCCGGAGCAGUGUGAGUGCACAUUCAUUGCCAUCAGCGCCCAAUCGAAGACGAAACAUGUCGUGCGAGCUGAUUAACCGAGCACACUUAGCGGGUGUCUCCACCUCUCACGCCGUGUGGAGACACUUUGCCGCCACCCUUGAUGUUUCCUACCAAGAGCAACCGCCUCAACACUUCGUCGAUGAGAUCUUGGACGCCAGUAUAAGAAAUCCGUGUGCCUUGGCUGCUCCGAGGGACCCGACACACACCCGCGAGGUGGUUGCCUGGCUGGCCGAACAGUGGAGGUUGCGUGGGUGGACAGUCCCUUCAGAAUUCCAGCUCGAGUCCCUCCCUGACGCUGAUUACACGGUUGAUCUGUUCUACAAGACGUAUACAGGCUGGGGCGGCGGGACAUUGGGUACGGGGGUCACAUUGAUGGAAAGUAGCGGCGGCAUAACGAGCAGCACCACGGGAUUGACCACUUGGUGUGGAGCUGCUGUGCUGGCUGAAUGGGUUGCUAACAACCCUACUGUUGUGGCCGGCAAGAGAGUACUGGAACUGGGGGCCGGAGUAGGCUUCUCCGCCUCGGCCAUCCUCACUUCUCCAGACACUGAACAUCCUCCGCCAGCAGCUUACUUCGCCACCGACUGUCACCAUCAAGUACUGACUCUCCUGCACCACAACCUGACGCUCAACCUGGCUGAUCCACCACUCCAGAGGACUUACUUAGAAGAGUUCCGCGCCAAAGUGAUUCACCAGCUGGAGAAGGAGCGGCUGGUAACACCGGAAGAAAAGUAUGAAGAACCAUUAGUGUGGUCUCCUCCUGCCGCCACCAUUACCGACCCAGCACAUCCUACUCUGGCCGUGGUGCGGGAGGAAGAGCAUGGACAAAAUCGCGUUGGAGUGAUGCAAGUGGACUGGCGCCACCCCCCUCGCCUGCCUGCAGUGGAUGUCGUGUUGGCAGCUGACGUGGUAUAUUGCCACAAUCUCAUUCAACCACUUGUCUCCCUCCUCAGAUCGAUCUUGAAAGGGAGUGACCGGCAGGAGGAGCGAGGACACCUCCAGCAGGAGCCACUGAGAGGCAACGGGAGGAAGGGAUGCAGUAGUGAAGAGGAAGUAAGAGCAACCAAUGGUGGAGGACCGGGGAAGCAAGAAGCAUUUCUAGCGUGCACCCGGAGGAGCCAUGAAACGCUGAGCCUAUUCCUACAGGAGGUGACACGGCAGGGACUGCAUUAUACCCUGGUGUUUCAGGCCACAAUGGAUGCCGACACCGCUCUCUUCGUGUACAAUGAGAUACAUCUACCAGUUAAAGUAUAUAAGAUCACUCUGCCACAGGAAGACACACAGAAACACUGACGAGCCUGAAGAAUAGCUGUAUAAAAUAAUUUCAGAAUCGCGUUUGUAAAUUUAGUGAUACGUGCCGCCCUCACCAAUAUUCAGCCAGAGGAUGAUGAUCUAGGCCCUAGAUCAUCAUCCAUACCUUCUAGGGAAUAAAGAAUAAUAUUACUUCUGUAAUUUUCCUUAACUACGACACACACACACACACACACACACACACACACACACUUUGAAUAUGUUAUGUAUGGAAAAAAAAUUAUUAUUGUUAUGGCUAAGGAGCUAUACUAAUAUUCUUCCCUGUGUUAACUUGUAAAACCGUAAAUGUAAGUGUCAAGUCAAUUUAGUACAUUUUAUGUGCUGCAAAAUAAUAAGAGAUGCAGUCUGUUGGUUUGCAGAGCUCCCCGUUGCCAAGUAUACAGGCCUGUGUUAACAUACUUGGAAAUAACUUUUUAAAGUGCUGUAUAAGACUGCAAAUCAGACAAGAGAAUACAAACAAAUGUCGAAACAAUGAAGUAAUACCGAAGUACUCGUAGUCUCAUACUACAAUCCCAACAGUCUCGGUAGAAGGGAAAGGAAAAAGCAAACCUCAGUAGCUGCUGAAUAUUUUUCUAUGCAUCUCGGUUAUAUAUACAAAAUCUUCAUGCUGAUACCUUUGGCUACACACUUCAUCAGACUCUGUACAUCCCAUACAACAAUAAUUAUUUUACCAUCACUGACAUACUGAUGUCUUAAAAGGAAUCCAGAAAAAUAGACGUUUGUCAUCCUACAAAAC